GAGAGAGAGAGAGAAAAUCAACGACUAACAAAAAGAAAUAAGUCCACGCAAACAUACGAAAGCAACCUCCGGGUUCGUAAAACUCCCCAAAUUAAACAAAUCCACAAUCGGAACUCAGUCACUCGGGCAAGUACAGUGGGAGACAAUGGCCGGAAGAAACCAUUUCCCACCGGAGGGCCGACGAGUCUCUCUGUCCCGAGUCCCUCUCUCCCAUUCCAACUACACAAUCGGCGAUUCUCGAAUCCUCCUCCACGACCACCACCACCGCACUUCGUACCAAUCCUCUUCUCAAGCCCUCGAAGACCGCAUCAAUAUCCAGCACCGUGAGAUCCAAUCCCUCCUCGUUGACAACCAACGCCUCGCUGCCACCCACGUGGCGCUCAAACAAGAGCUCGCCGCGUCUCAGCAGGAGCUUCGCACCUUAUCUGUGGAUUCAGCGAAUGCCAAGGUCGAGUUGGACGCUCAGGUGCGGGAGGUCUACGAGAGGUCGCUCAAGAUGGAUGCUGAGGUGCGUGCAAUUGACGCGAUGAGCGAUGAGCUGGCUCAGGUGCACUUGGACAUACAGAAGCUCGGCGCGUCGCGGAAGGAGCUCACGGCUCAGUUGCGGGCAAUCGAAGAUGACCUUGAGAGUGCUCUAUCGGAAUCCAAUCAAAUGGCCGUGAUCAAAGCCGAGAUUGACACUCUGCAGACGGAGAUUCAGAAAGGAAGGGCUGCAAUUGAACAUGAGAAGAAAACCCGCGUUAGUAACCUUGAGCAAAGACAAGCAAUGGAGAAAAAUAUGGUCUCCAUGGCUCGUACACUGGAAAAACUACAUGCUGAGCUGGCUAAUGCAGAGAAGCGAGCUAGGGCUGCAGCAGCAGCAAACCCAAAUCCUGGUCAUGCUGCAACUUAUGGGAAUUCUGAUAUGGGAUACAGAGGACAUUCCUACCCCAAACCCUAUGGCAUGCAUCAACCAUCAGGUCCAGGAUGGUGAUGAAGCUAGUGUAUAUAUGAAUUUGGAACAACAACACAUGGUCCUAAGACAUGCAACAAAGGCAUGUACAUACAUCAGACUAGGGCAGGUCUUAAAAGUUCAAACAGCCAAAAUCUUUGUUUCGUUGAUGAUAUAUAUUGCCUUUUCUAUUCUUUGAAUUUUGACAUCCCAAAACAUUUUCUCACCAAUUACGACUAUUGAUGAGUAGAUAGUUGAUGAAUGAACAUGCAUGCGAAAUUAAAUGGUUGAUUGAUUU